CUACCAAAUUUCCCUAUAUGAAGCCCACCCCAGUUCAUUCUUCACCUUCUUUGGUCUUGCAUUUGGUAGCGUUUCUCAUCGUUUCAGCGUGUCGUCGAAGCAUUAGCUAAGUUUUCCUUUUUCUUUUCAGCUUUCUCACUUUCGCUUCCUUUAUUUGAUUUCAUCAAAAUAUUGUUUUGUGUUAUUGUUGAAUCCUAGAUCUGUUUUAAAUUAGGGUUUUAUUUGUAACAUCUUGUCUUCUAUUCGAUUCGAUAUUAGGGUUCUUUUAAACUAUACCUAUGAUUCUAGAUUUUCUAUAAGUUAUUUGAUCCUCAUGUGGAGAAUUCGACUUCUUCAUUCUUUUUCGGUUGUAUUUCUUUACUGGUUUUAUGUGUUUUCAUUGAUUAAUUCUAAAAGUAUCUUUCGUGACUGAAUUUUCCGAUCUCUAGUUCUUUCAAUCCCAUUUUCCUACUUCUAACCCUUAGUUGUCUAAUUUAACAAUUAAUUUUAAUAAACAAAGAUUUCUCAUUAAUUUAACCAAAAAGCACUGCUAAGAAGACCAAUGGAUUCAGUUCAAAGGAAAACAAGUUCCGGCUCCGACAGCGACCCUCGAUAUGCACACGUUGACGAGAAGAAAAGGAAGAGAAUGAUAUCAAACCGAGAAUCGGCUAGGCGAUCGAGAAUGAGAAAACAGAAACAGAUGGAGGAUUUGGCUAAUGAAAUAGCUCAAUUGGAGAAGGUCAAUGCUGUGCUUAGGCAAAACAUCUCUUCUACUAGCCAACAGUACCUGGAGUUGCAAUCUGCCAACAAUGUGGUGAGGGCUCAAGCCAUGGAACUUACUGAUCGUUUGCAGUCUUUGAACUCUGUGCUACAGAUAUGGCGCGAGAUUAGUGGACUCAAUGUGGAGAUCCCUGAAAUGCCAGACCCUCUUAUGAAACCGUGGCAGCUGCCUUGCCCUGGGCAGCCCAUCAUGGCGUCCGAUGAUAUGUUUCAGAUGUAACAUCGAAUGGAUUUCUCUUGUCGAUUUAGGUCUUUUGUGUUUUCCUUUGUGGUGGUUGUUAAUUUAGAUUUUAGUCGGUUUGGUUUUCUUUUCUAUUUGGAGUACCAUUUUGCAGGAACUUUGUUUUUGUUAAUAAUUUGUGUUUAUAUUUCUGUUUCUAUCCA